AUGGAUGUCCCCGGCGAGAGCGAGAGCUGUCGGCGCGGCGUGUGGCGCGCUUCGCUCGCCGUGCGGUGCGCUCUGCUGCUAGCCGUGUGCGCCCUGCUUGCCUCGCUGGCGGCGCUCGCCACGGUCCUGGUGCGUCGGGCGCAGGAGCCGCCGCGGGCGCUGCAGCCCCCGAUGCCGCCGACGCCAGUGCCUUCUGGCUCUGAGAAAUCGCAACAUGGGAAGGUACCCUAAAGCUCAUCUAGUCCAACCCCGCGCGAGGCGGCCAGCGCUAAAACAAGCCUUUCCCCAUUUCUGCUUCUCCGACGCCUCUAACGCCAGACUUCUCUUUUCUUUUUCAGAAUUGUACUCGCCUCGUCUUUAAGAUCAGCGAAGGUACAAGUAAGUAUCCCUUCCCGGAACACGUGUGCGCACUUGGAGUCCAGAAAGAAGGCCUUGUGGGAUAGGGGAUCACGCACUAGGACUGUAGAGAAGGUGGUUCAAAAUGCAGGGGCCAGGGAUCGCUUUGGAGCGCAUAGAAUAACCCCUGUUUUAGAACAGCUACACUGGUUGCCAGUUUUGCUUCCAGGCCUGAUUUAAUGUGUUCACACGAGUGUUUGAAGCCCUUGAUUAUUUGGGGCUCCAAACAUCUGAAAGACUGCCUUCAUUCCUACCAACCUUCUUAGCUAUAAAGAUCUGCAAAGGAGGCUCUGCAGUUCUCAGAAGUACAGAGAACGGCAGCCUGGGAGAGAGUUUUCUCUGUGGCAGCCCCUAAAUGGUGUGCCUAGCACCUUCAUCCAGGGCCGGAUUUCGGUUUGAUGAGGCCCUAAGCUACUGAAGAUAAUGGGGCCCUUUAUAUGUCCAGCUGUCCUUUGUCAACAACAAAUUGCCGCUGUUUUUUGUGUUGAAUAUAUGCUAUAUGGUCAUUUAUGGACCUAAUUAUCUAAAGUCAUUUGCGCAUAGCAAAUCAGAGCCUACACAACACAAAACACUGUUGCUGUAUGUAGGUUUUAUUUUAUUUGUUGUUUAUCUUAUAUUUUGGAAGUGUGGAUCCAAUUUUUCCCCCUUUAAUUUUUUUUGGGCCCCCAAAAGAGUAGGGCCCUAAGCUAUAGCUUGUUUAGCUUAUACGUAAAUCCGGCACUGCCUUCAUCGUACAGCGUUGAAUGUGUACAUUGUACAGCUCCAUAAGGUAUUUUGUGUUGAGGGAAUUGCCUCUUCUGCUGAAUUUAUACUAUUCUGGUUACUGCAUUCAUGUAGCUUUGUACAGGUGAAAGGUUGAUAAAGAAUCUUAUAAAUACAAGAAAUAAGUCUUCUAUGAGACUCCAAGGAAACUGGUGGGUGGCUCUGUUGGGUUGCUGCUGGGAUGAUGCAAAGGAACUGGUUGCUGUGGUGUGACAGAUGUUCCCACUUGAUUCCUCUCUUUUUACAGCACGCUUAAGGAACAGGCAACUGAACUGGUGGGAUUGUAAAGUUGACGGAACAAUAUGUAGCUCAAUAUUUGAAUACAAUUCUUCAAGACUGGGAAUUAAGUAUGAUGGCCUGUACAGCAUCUAUGCCCAGAUGAAUAUUUCACACCAGUUAGCGAAUGUUAAAGAGAAGGUGAAUAUCAGCCUCAUCAUCCAUGGCCAUCGUGACGGACACUCUUUCCGUAUUCUGACCCUCCCGUUGAGUUACCCUGCUACAGCGCAUACAAAGGAAACUGCAGUCACAGUUUUCAUGGAUGUCUCAUCUUAUCAACUGAAAGAGAAUGAUAAACUUUCCGCGGAAUUAAUGGCAAGUAACAAAUACAAGAGCUGGACCCUUAGUCCCAAGGGUAACUUUUUUGGUAUCUCCCAGGUUCCUGCAGAGCCUAUUUCAGAAGAAACUGGAAUCAAAUGCCGUUCUUCGGUGUGUGGAAUGGAGAAGGGUGCUCAAGAACUUUCAGACAACGCUUGA